AUGUCUUCGGAGUGGUGCAGGCUACAUUUAGCCGGGGGUUUGCCUCCACUACUCUUUCAAUACUCUUGGACCCGCAAAGGCUACGAGCUCUACGUGACGGACCUCACCUCGCUCUGGUCCGAAAAGCUGCCACAUGAGGCGAUCGUGAAACGAGCGGAAGAGAGUGCUACAACUAUUGAUCCUAGCGAGGGUAACGGGCAACUCGAAGUCUUUUUAUCAAAAAUCGGGGAAGCUCUACGAGGAGAUGGGGGCAACGCAACUCUACACAGCGGAUCCCAGGCCGAUUCGCUCGAGCUCACGACAAGUACGAAGCUACCAGCUCCACUGAAGCCGUUAAAGUGGACUAUAUCCCUAUUGAAAGAGCCUCCGUCCGCCUUUACCAGCCGGUUACUUCUUCCAUUGCUGAGAGACGAGACCAGUUGGGAGUCUCGCCAGCGAACUCUCUUGGAUCAACUGAAACAGAAGGACUGGGUCCUUGGAAAACUGUUCGACAAGGCUGAGGCCCUACAAAUUGACCUUGGAACGGUAUUUCCUGCUGCUGCUGGGCUGCGAUCGGCCCGCAAAGGUAGCACACGAUCCGAAGCAGCUAGGUUUAUCAAAGGCGUUGCACCGUUUGAUGAGCAGGCAUGGCUUGCUGAGUUCGGGUCGUCUUCAUCUGCUACCCCAGGCAUAGCCGUAAAUAUAGCUCAUGAAUUGCUUGGAUCUAAUAACAGCCGUGGUCUUGAUGAACUUCGUCCGCCGCAGAACAAAUGGUGGAAUGCGCUCCAAAGGCGCCCUGAAAUAUCUUGUCCCCAAGAGUAUGAGCCUGAAGUUCAGUCCGUAUCGCAGAAAGAUGUACCAGUCAGAUCUUCACAGCUAGACUUGGAUCUAGACGGUGAUGCUACUGCAGAGAGCGAAGACGACGAAUUCCAGCGACAAGCGACUCCUCCUCAACUCAAAACCCACGAAGCCAAAUCCGCAAUCUCACCGCCAGGGCCAAAGACAAAAAAGAAGAGUCCUUCUCCACCGCCCCCAGAAUCUAGGGCGGAUGAAGCUACUGCGUCAGAGUCAGAGCCAGACCUCGACUGCGAGCCCGAACCUGCGCCACGCGAUAAACGCACGCCAGAUAUCUCUUCUCCAUCGAAGCAUACGACACCACCACCACAAAAACCCAAAGUGCCCCCAAAGAAGGCAAAGGGAGGCCUGGGCAUUAUCGGAGGGAGAAAGAAGAAAGGAGAGGAACCGGAUCCGCAGCACCCAGCUUCACCUCCGAAACCAGCUCAGACCAGUGAACCACCUCAACCACUUCCCCCACAGACCAAACGACCCACGAAACUUGGUAUGAUAGGCGGCAAGAGGAAAGACAAGACAUCAGGGCCGAACGAAACAUCUUCUGCUCAGCCGGGCCCUUUUCGUUCUCCACACCGUGCACGUCCUACAUCUACAAUGGACAGAGAUGACGGUCCAAAAUCACCAGAAACAGCCUCAGCACAAAAGCAGCCGCAAAAGGAGGCAUCGCCAAGAGCAGAAGCUAGUGCGGCCCCAGAAGUGACGCCCAUGACGGAGGCGGAGAGAGCUGAUCGCAAACGCGAAGAAUUGAAACGGCAGCUCGCGGAGCAGAGCCAAGCUCCUACGAAGAAGAAACGGAGGUUUUGA